GUGAGCGGCCAGAGUGGCCAAACAAAAGUCGUGUUCGAUCACCAAGACCAACCAAGACACGACGUUUAGCUAGGUAUGUGAUGAAUAGAUUUUUCCUCGGUCAGCUGCUCCCUCCGAAGAUCGCACACUCAUACAAGCGCCUUGCCUUCUUCCAUGUGGACCCAAACGAAUAAUGUCGGUCGAUCACCAGCCGGACAACACACGCACGGAGCGAUAUUUUCGGGUUUUGAGAAAACCCGCACGUUAGCGUGAGAUAUAGGUUUUUUCAUAAUUCCGUGCGGAGAGCACUGUGGCAGCCCGAUAGUUUUCCUCGGGGAUUUCGCGUGGAUUGACCUGUGCGGGAAAGGUGGUGGCGUGAUAUUUUUUUUCGUUUCGUUUCGCUGGUGGGAAAACCCAAAUUGCAAAAACCGCCGGUUUAUGUGGAGGAUAAUUCGGAUUUGUUUCCAUGGUGAUGAUAAUGGGAUUUCCCAUCAGAGUGGGCGAAGUGCUUCAAAAUACGGAUGCAUCCGUGGCAUACUAAUUUCCUAGCGCUCACACUGUCGCGGUCGAAAACGUGUCAAGCACGUAACCCCUGGAAAAGCGUGUUGAAGAAUCUAACAUUGCGCCCUUAGGCUUCCUCACCUGCUGCACGCUGGCGUUGGGGAGAACUUUUCCCGUGUUGUCUGUCUGGUGAAGUUGGGGUGAAUAAAUAAAAAAGAAUCUCAUACCUUGUCAGCAGUGAAGAUUUUCCACGGAGAAAACUUUGCUGAAGUGUCAUCAGUUCUGGUAUGCCCGGAAAAUUGUGAUCUCCAUUCCGCGCUGCAAGGGCUUUCGGCUGUCUCCGAUAGGUACGUGCAACUGGUGCCGGUGGCGAAUUAUGAGCCGAGGAAGAAUGGCUUUUGCAAUGUAAACGAAAGAUGCUUGCCGAUGGAAAAGUGUUUUCGAAGAAAAAUGUUUUUCGUGAGCGGGCGCCGGUGGUGGUGAUUAGUAUAUGAAAGUGUUUGGCGAGUUUUGAGCGCUCGAGUCUUGGUGUGAGAAUAAGUCAAUAUCCAUUUCGAAACUUCAUGAGCAAGUGUUUGAUUUGCUCUCGUUUUGCUCAUCCAUCGAUGUGGUGGUCGCGAUUCCAAAAAUAACAUUCGAAAUAUACACAGAUCGGUUUUCGGUAAAAUUUGUUGCGAACGCGGUUUUCCCUACGUCGUCGUCGAGUCGGUCGUAUCGGGAGGGAAUGAGGAAUAUCGCUUUAUGAGUGAACCUGUGUGUGAAGCUGAGUUUGGAGAAAAGAGAAACCACAAGUACUCACCUUCUUGUUUGUUUUGCCUGUGUGUUUUGACUUCAAAUAAACGAGUUAAUUAGCGGUUGAUUAACAGCCAGCUAUCAAAAUCAGAUUACAAACAUACAGCAGACACCUACAUCUCCAGAAAGGCAGAUACCUACAUCUGUAAAAUUGGCUCGGCCUUCGCCUUCAAAGGACUGCCCCAUCACCACCGCCAAAACCAAACAGCGAGAACAAUGUCGACCCGACGUGCCGGACCACCCCAGGGGCCACCGAUGCCGGCCCAGCUUCCGAUUCCGUACGAGAACGAGAAGAAGCAGCGCAGCAAAUGCAUGUCCUUUGUGUGCUUCAUGUGGAAGCUGUUUACAUGCAUUUUCUCCCACGUGACUCUAGUGGCGAUGGUGGUUGCCUAUUGCUUUCUGGGCGCCUUCACGUUCGAACACUUGGAAGCCGAAAAUGAGCGGAACGUGAAAAAGGGCAUCAGUUCAAUUCGUGUCAACUUAACCGAUGCAAUAUGGAAAAUGACCAAUGAUAAGCCGGUACUGCAUCAACAUAACUGGACCGAAGCCGCCAUCGUCCAUCUUCAGUCAUUCGAGAAGGAGAUUCUCACAGCAAUGAAAAAGGAUGGCUGGGAUGGGAUCGAAGAUGUCGAUCAAAUUCAGUGGACAUUUUUCGGAGCACUGUUUUAUUCCAUUAUCGUCAUCACCACAAUCGGUUAUGGACACAUUGCACCGAAGACGCAUAUGGGUAAAAUAUCGACGAUAUUUUACGCCAUUCUGGGAAUCCCUUUGAUGCUGCUUUGUCUGUCCAAUAUCGGUGACAUUAUGGCCAGCUCGUUCAGGUUCCUUUACUGGAGAGUUUGCUGCUAUGUGUGCACCAGAGAACCGAAACGAUCCAACUCCCGCCGGAGCCGAGGCGGCCGGGGCACCGUACGACAGGGGCGAAGCUCGAUGCGUUCACAGCCAGGACAGGGCACCAGCAUCCGGCGGUCGGUUCGGAACUCGCAACGGUCGGCUGAUUCCGGUUUCGAUCCUUUCUACGAGCCCGGCAUGGCGCACGCAUACUCGGAUACGGACUGCAGGUACAACGAGGGCGUUUACUAUCCUGACACAGACCGAGGUAUGCACCGGUCAAUGAAUGCUCCUCCACCCCAUUACUCCAGCCAGAAUGUGGCGGGUGGUCGGGGUAGCGACCGGUUUCGAGACCGAGCCCAAAUGGACCGCGAGCGAGCCUAUCUGGAUCAAAUGGAUGGUUACGGUGAUGAAGAAUUUAUGUCUACUCCCCAGCAGAUGAAACGGCACAUGCGGGCUGAAUCAAUUGGGAGGGAUAUGGGCCAUAAUAGAGGAUCGCAAAAUUCGCGGAAUUCCGAUGGUAAUUAUCCGCCAGGCUAUAGGAAUAGCAUGCAGAAAUCGCCAGUUUUCUCAACAGCGGCCAACCGAGCACAAUCGUUGGACCGGCGCAUGUUCCGUCGUGAUCCACAGAUGGUUGAUUUUGAGGAAGAAGGGGGCCCCGGUAAGACACCCAUCCUGUGUAACAAAUACGCCUUGGAUGACAUGGAAGAAAGAGCCAGCCCAGGAGGGCCACGUGGUGGACCAGGAGCAGACCGCCGAUCGCCGAUUAACCCCCGCAGUCAAUCAAUGCCUCGCCAGUCGCGAUACGGAGACCGACUGAUGCCGGACAGAAUGCCCUACUACAACGAGGAAAACGAAAUGGCAAUGCAAGCAGCAGCUCGGAAGCAGCCUCCACCACAUCCGGCGGCGGCGGCGGGAAGAAGACGUGAACUGCGCCCGGUGCCAUCACCAUCACCACGCAUAAUGUCUCCGAUGGGAUUUGCGGUCCACCGACAAGCGCGUCAUCUCCAGAACGUAAUCGAUGACAGCUCGCUGUACGACGAAGACUGGGACAUCCGCAGCGGGGAGCUUCCGCCGUCGUCCAUCGUCCGCCCGGUGCCCAUCUGGCUGUGCGUCUUUCUGGUUGUCAGCUACAUCAUCGCCGGGGCUUUCAUGUUCUCCAAAUGGGAAGAGUGGUCUUUCCUCGAUUCGGCUUAUUUCUGUUUCAUCACGCUAACCACCAUCGGAUUCGGUGAUUUCGUCCCAGCGCAAGGAGUGAAAAACGAUUCCGAAAUUUCCAUCGCCCUGUGCUCGCUGUAUUUGCUGUUCGGUAUCGCACUGCUCGCCAUGAGCUUCAAUCUGGUGCAGGAGGAAGUUAUCUCCAACGUGAAAAGCGUCGCCCGAAGGCUCGGCAUUCUGAAGGAGGAAGAGGUGGACGAUUGAAAAACUUCUUUGGUUUUUCCACCAUUGCACUGUUUUUUUUUCUGCGUGAGCGAAAGCCAAACCAACCAAGCCUGCGAGGGGCCCGGCUACGACAGACAGCGUGCAAAAGUGUUUUCCUUUAUCUGCCUCUGCAUUUGUUUGUUUGAUUUUUCGCUUUUUCUGUUCCUGGAUAUGAAAAUUGAAGAUUCAUUUUUAUGAUUGAGAUAACAAAAAGUGCACCUAAAAUAGAUUUGAAAAUAAAAUUGCAUAAAGUAAAGCCCGA